AUGGGCAGUCGACCUACGCUUAUGAUCGCCGAUCCGGAGCUCAUAAAGACAAUGAAUAUAAAGGAUUUCCACGUAUUUGUCAAUAGAAAUGAUUUCACAUUUGGAGACCCACUGCAAGACCGGUCACUGUUUAACCUGAUUGGAGACGAGUGGAAGACUAUGCGAUCGAUUAUAAGUCCGACGUUUUCGAGCGGAAAGAUGCGAUCAAUGCAUCCCAUUAUCAUUGAUUGUGUCCACAAACUGGUGGAUAAUCUGCGGCCAAAAGCCAUGUCUGGAGAAGACGUGGAGAUGAAGAAAACGAUGGGAAACCUGACGAUGGAUGUGAUCGCUUCGUGUGCUUUCGGCACCAAAAUAGAUGUCUAUAACGACCAGAAAACCAAUGAAUUCAUAGUAAACGCUCGCAAAGUAUUUCGUGGAAACGUAUGGAGGAUAUGGGUCUUCAGUAUACUCCUGAGUAUAUCACAGAAACUGAUCCAUUGGACAGGAUUUCAAUUCAUUGAUCCGUCGGCUCAACGAUUCUUUGGUCAAGCGGUUAAGUCUAUUCUGGCGAAACGUAAGUCAGAGAAAGUGCAGCAAAAAGAUUAUCUUCAGCUCAUGAUUAACGCACUGAACCGGAAGAAUGUGGACAACGAUAAGGAACCAGAAGUGGAUGACUUGAAUGAAGACAUCUAUGGAAAGACUCAGUCGAUUGAAAGUAAUAGUAAUAGCAAACCGGGCACCGGGAUCACUGAUGUCGAUAUACUGGCCACGAGUUUUGCAUUCUUUGUGGCCGGAUAUGAGACUACUGGUGCCCUAUUGUCACUAGUAUUCUACAAUCUGGCGCUCAAUGAGAAGUGUCAGCAAAAACUGUACGAAGAAGUGAAUGGUUUGGACGGAAAGUAUGAUUACGAGAGUGUCUCCAAAAUGCCGUAUUUGGAGGCAUGUAUUGCCGAAACACUUCGACUCUACCCUCCAAUCGGUGCCGUCAAUCGAUACGCUUUAGAGGAAUACACUAUCGGUGAUACCGGGCUGACAAUACCCAAGGGAAUGAUGGUUAACUUUGACAUCUAUUCCCUCCAUCACAGUCCUGAGUACUACCCGAACCCAGAGGUCUGGGAUCCCGAGAGGUUUAUGCCGGAGAAUAGGGACCAAUUGACUCCAUACACGUAUAUGCCGUUCGGGACGGGACCCCGAAAUUGUGUGGGAAUGAGGUUUGCAUUAAUGGAGGCCAAGACAGCCGUCGCUCAUUUGGUCCAUAAUGCCGGUCGUCAUAAGUCUCGGCGUUGGAGAUGUCGGUGCGGUUGUCAUCACUACUGCCAACAGUUUCGCAACAAUUUAUUGUGGACUUUGUGUUCACACGUCUUGAUCGCAGACUAUAUAUUGCUUUCGAUGCCAUCGGUUCACUAUAUUGGCGUUCAUCACAAGAUUGAGAGAUAUGUGAGGUUGUGGUCGAGUCAUGGCUUUCCACAAAAACGUCUGUUCCCUCCAUACUAUCAACUAUAG